GUCAUCGUGGACGACUGCGAAUCAUUCGGUUCCUAGAUUCUUGCCCGGCCGGACGCGCGUUCCUUCCACGCGGACGACGAAAGUAUCGAAACGCGAGUAGAGUUGUGGUCUCCUCAAAAGCUACUCACGAAUCGCGAGCUGUGAUAUAUGCCUGUAGCCGAUUGUAGGUAGCUAACAAGCUUGUACUUUUGUCGGUUUGACCCGAAAUCUAAAAUCGAUAAGCGGCGAUCGAGUCGGUUGCGUGAUAAGAGUCCAUCAAUGCGGACUAAGUGACACAAGUGGGUGAAGCGGUUAGACAUAAUAAUUGAUCCCGAGUAGUCGUACUAAUUGAAAUCUAUCUAUCGACCGUUAUUGCAUUGCGAAAAGAGAACAGUGUGAGAAGAGAGGAGUUCUAAGUCCCGAUACGAGGAAGUCUUAUAACUGACAUCAGUGUCGCAGUGUAGCCGCUAGAAAGAAAAAACAACAACAACAACAACGUUACAUUAGAAGAAUUAGAAGGAGUAGUGAGAGAAAAGCUUCCCACUCGGCUCGGCACUCGAAUUAGUUAGUAGCCGGCACUAGCCAGUCAGUAGUAAUAGCAGUCGUUACGUGGUCGGAUACUGAGAAAGUGCUAUUUUUCUGGUCGUACGCGUUUCGCGUCGUCUCUGAGGCGAGAGGUUAUGGUGAUUUUUCGUUGAAUCGAUUGCGAAGAACGAUUGUUGAACUAUCGAUUCUAGAACUCUAGAUAUAGGACAGCAGGAAAACAAAAAAGAUGCAACUGUGGCUACGAGUGUUGGGCGUCCUGCUCAGGAUAGCAAAUGUACUGGUUAUACCGCUGAUUAAGUUCGUCGGAGGACCACGGCGGAAGACGCCCUUCCCGGAAAUUCGCAACGAGAUGCUGGAGAUGCCGGCCGUCGACCUGGCGGAGCGAAUCAGAAACAAAGAGCUUCGCUCGGAAGACGUGGUACGUGCCUACAUCGAUCGAAUCCGGGAAGUGAACCCACUGAUCAAUGCAGUCGUGGAGGAACGCUUUGCCACUGCCAUCGAGGAGGCCAAAAAGGCCGACCAAAUGAUUACCAACAUGCAAACGAUUUGGCUUAUCAAAACCUAUCCCCUGUUGGGGGUUCCGUUUACGGUGAAGGAAAGCUGUGCGCUGAAGGGUGCCCUAUUCACCGGAGGCUCACUGCCCCGUCAGGGAGUCCGAGCGAGCCGCGACGGAGAAGCGGUGGCACUGCUGAAAGCAGCCGGAUGUAUUCCCCUGUUGGUGUCCAACACGCCAGAAUACUGCCUCAGCUGGGAAUCGUACAAUCACAUCACGGGCCGAACGCUGAAUCCCUACGACAAUCGGCGGACGGCCGGUGGUUCUUCCGGAGGGGAAGGUGCUCUGAUUGCUGCCGGUGCUUCGCUGUUCGGCGUGGGAAGCGACGUAGCCGGGUCGAUCCGUGUGCCCGCACUGUUCAAUGGGAUCUUCGGACACAAACCAACGGCCGAUGUCAUCUCCAUCGAAGGCCACUUCCCAUCGUCCUCGGACGAAAAGUUCCGCAACUUCCUCACCGUGGGUCCAAUGUGCCGCUACUCGAAGGAUCUGCCCACUUUGGUGCACAUCAUGGCCGGUCCGAAGGCCUACAAGCUCCGUCUGGACGAAACGGUCUACACCAAGGACAUCAAAAUCCACUACAUGGAAGACUUCGGCUUCAAUGUGUCGUUCGUUCCGGUGGAUGAGGAAAUCAAAAUCGCCAUGUACCGAGCGGUGCAGUUCUUCAAGGACCACGGCCUGCAGACGGAACGGGCCGAGUUUGACAAUAUAAGCCAGAGCAUGGAAAUGGCCAUGUGCACUAUGCAGUCGCUGGAGGACAUUCCGAAUAUGUUCGACAAUCGGGAUAAUCCCAAGGAACAGCAUAGCCUAUUGAUGGAGCUGGGUAAGUCGUUGAUCGGAAAGUCGCAGUUCACGCUGGCCGGAAUCGUGUUCUACGUUCUGAUCAAUACGAAGCACAUGUUCAGCACCGAGGAUCAGCAGCGGUAUCUACGGAUGAAGGAAGCACUCCGGAAGCAAAUAAUUGACACACUGGGAACGGACGGCGUUCUGUUCCUACCAACCUACCCGACGCCAGCCAUACGACACUAUCACUCGUUCGGUCACAUUACCGGUGUGACGUACACGAUGCUGUUCAAUGCGCUCGGUUUCCCCGGAACCCACGUCCCGUUGGGGUUCAACAAAGAAGGUCUUCCCAUCGGCAUUCAGGUAGUGGCCGCUCCGUACCAGGACCGGCUAAGUCUCUGCAUUGCACGGGAACUGGAAGCUGCUUUCGGUGGUUGGAAGGCACCGAAAUGAGCUUCCCUUCCCUUUGAUGGUGAGAGUUGGUGAUUUUGUUGAAUUUACAGGUUGGGCGUGGGACGGAUUAUUGCUAAUUUAUUUGUUAUUUGUGAUAGACGAGCGCUAAUGUGCCAAAUAAUGCGGGGAAAUCGAGUGUUCGAUGACCGGAGUGAUUGUGUGCGUACGAACGAAGGGCUGUGUGAUGAUGUGAAUAGCAGCAUGUUGAGACAAAUUAGCCUUAAGGAUAAUUAUAGCGAAUUUA